AACACUGGAUCUCCAGAGGGCAGUUCCGAUUUCACUACACUGGUCAUAUUGCACGGGCACAACUGGCAUGGCGGCACAUUCUCGAGACUCAUCCCUUUGGCCCAUCGCAACAACAUACGUCUGGUUCUCCUAAAUCGGCGUGACUACCCAGGGAGCACCCCAUACACAGACGAGGAGCGCGCCAUGGUCGCAAAGCUUACACCAAACACCGAUGAAGAGGCACUGGCUCAGGCGCGUGAGAAGUUUAGCAUCUUCCUGAAGGAUCGCGCUCGCGAAGUGUACGAUUUUCUAGAGGACUUGGUCAAGCGCGACAACAUACCACCUUCGCAGCGUGAUCUGAACACUGGCGGGAUUGUGGUUGCCGGCUGGUCGCUUGGGGCGCUUUGGACGACAUCACUCUUAGCGUAUGCACCCCAGUUCCCUGUCAAUGAUGUUGAUCUCUCGCAGUACGUGAGACGCGUCAUCGUGCUCGACACCGGAAACAUCGUGAUGGGCUAUCCCAGACGCAGCGACAUGUACACCCGCGCUUUUGACCCGCGCCUUUCCCUGGAAGAGCGGGCGGCGUCUUACGAUAUGUGGGAUCGCGCGCUCGCCAUCAGCGGUUACUACCCCCACGGUGAC